AUGGAUAAAUACGAGAAAAUCAAGAAAAUUGGUGAAGGUUCAUAUGGACAAGUUUUUAAAUGUCGCGAUAAAGAAACAGGCGAGACGGUGGCAAUCAAGAAAUUUAUCGAAUCCGACGACGACCCGGCGAUUAAGCGCAUUGCGAUGCGUGAAAUUCGAAUGUUAAAGCAUUUAAAACACGAAAAUCUAGUGAAUCUCAUUGAAGUAUUCAAGACUAAACGAAAACAUAAACUUCACUUAGUAUUUGAAUACUGCGAUCGAACAGUACUUGAUGAACUUGAAUCGCAUCGAAAUGGUGUGCCGGAAAUGAUGAUCAAGCGAAUAACAUAUCAAGUAUUGAAUGCUGUGGACUUUUGCCAUCGUCAUAAUUGUAUCCAUCGUGGUAAGAUUGUUUUAAGAUAA